CAGGCCCGUCAUCGAGGCACUGCUUGCUUCGAAGUUCCAAAGAAGGAACAUACGAUAAGAUAGUACUGUCGCCCGGUUUUACACUCCAUCCUAUUGUCGCGCACAGAAUCUAGGAAGGAAGCGAAAGAGAAUACAAUCAUGGCGUUAGAACAAACAAUUGCAUUCACAAACACCUUUUUCUCUUCAACUCCUAGAACCCCUCUUACCAGAACUGACAUCCCUGCAAAAUCUCUGUCUUUUCGACUUUUCUCGCCGUUGAAGAAAGACUUAAAGCAAGUGGAACUAGCACAACGUGGCCGCAUAAGGUGCUCAUUCGACUAUAAUAGCUCUGGAAAUGGCAACGUUAGUGUCUAUGAGUAUGAAAGAUUCGCCGGGCGUUCUCAAUACCCAAGGCCCUCUGAAAUACAGUGGAAAAAGGAGCUUUGCAAUUCUGUCCAACUCAUUGGCAACGUUGCGGCGCCUGUCCAAAUUAAGCACUUGAAUUCCGGGAAGGUAGUAGCUUGGACUCGCCUUGCUGUUAGGAAGUCUCAAAACGACACCACUUGAGGAGUCCAAACUAUCCAGACUUCAAGCACAAAGAUACAGGCGAAGCAUUGUGGGUAGAAGGCAGGUAUAAUCCAACAUGGGUGAAAUCUCAACUUGCAGUACUAGAUUCAAAGAUGGAAUCUUUUCAUGAUCAAAAUGGCAGCGCGAAUGCAGACUUCAUGUCCAUGGAAAAUUUUCAAUUUUAGCUCUUCUCCAUUUGAUUUUGGCUGUACUUUCAAACAUACUCUUGUAUAGUUUUGUUUCUUCAAGUAGGAACAUAAAAUUUUGUGUUAUCUGUUUGCUAGUAUUGCUUUUCAAGGAAUUUUGUAUUCACUGGAAGUUUGUGAAUCAUUCUACGGUUGUAACUUGUAAGCUAACAAGAAGAAUCUACUACACUCGGCUUCAUAAUGGAAUGGUGUUCUCUCUUUUGACAAAAAA